CAGUACAUGUUUAGUAGUAGAAAAAGAAGCAGAAGAAGAAGAACCUAUUUCCAAAACAAUCGUGGCAGCACGUGAGGAUCGUCUCCAAAAGUGUCACACUUCUCUUUUUAAAACCCUCGCUGUGGACAAAUGGACGAAGAAUUCACGGGCGACUACCAGGAGGCGUGUGGGCAAUGCGGCUCCGUGGCUUGGGCCUUGUCGGAAGAGGGUCGCUUCUUCUGCAAGUCGUGUCACAAUGUCAUCGAGAGAGCACACGUCGUGGACACGGUGUUGACUGCACCGGGAACGGCGAGAGUUUCCACCAUGGGCCGAGUAAAGAAUACAGAGCGAAGACGCCAGUGGGUGGCGUGCGAAGGCUUCCAGUUCAUCCUGAUGAAGCAAGCGGCCGCGCUGAUCAUGCUGGGUGUCCCGCCUAGCUUUAAGGACGACGUGUUGUGGCCGCUGUGGCGCCGCUUCCUGCAGAUGAGCAAGCAGGCGUACACGGACCACCCCGACGAGAGCGCCAAAUUCCAAGUGCAAGUCGUGGAUAAGGAAUUGGAAAGCGGGGCUGAGUCGUCUUUCCUAUCCGCCAGCGAGACAGACGGCGAGACGUGCCUGAGCAGCCCGUCCGCAUCGCAAGCGGACAGCCACAGCGAUUGGUCGAUAGGCUCCCAGAGCAUCGACGCCCAUUCGACGCCUCGUCGCAAGUCGCGCCGUGGCAACAUGAGAAUGACUGAGACGCUGGCGCUGAUCCACUUGGCGCUGGUGUGGAGUCGCCAGGCGCUGACGCUCGGCGACCUUCUCAAGCUAGCCAACGACGGACACAUCCCGUACGUCCACGCCUACCAGGAUCUGCCAGAGGAGAUGAGACUGGACUGCCCCGAGGCCCUGAUCUUCACCGUGCAGAGCAUCCCCACCCACCAGGAGCUGCACCGGAAGGCCCAGACGCUCGUCAGCUUCCUGCAACUUCCCGCUUUUCCUCCCAUCCGGCACCAGGACCCGCUGCACCCGGCCAUGCUCAGCCUGCGCUAUCUGGUCGACGCCAAUCUCCCCGACGAACUCCAUCCGUGGGUUUGCAUGCUGAUGGAACGCAGCGGCAUGGCGGACAUGACGUGCGUCACGUCGGAACCAUCAAGCCACGCCGCGCUCCCCCGGUACGACGUCCAAGCCGCCGCCCUCAUCAUCGUUGCCAUCAAGCUCCUCUUCGGCCUGGACGACCGCACCGAAUGGGAUUUAUCGAACGGAGCCGACAAGCUGAUGACCGAAGAACGGACGUCUCACAGGCCGGGAAGCGUCUUUAGCCUGAGGAGAUGGUACCGUCAGCUGCACGCCGCCAAGCUCCAAAGGCAGCGGGAGCGGGAUGGCGCCGCAGCCAGGAAGCAGUGGAAGGCCACGCCGCUUUACCCAAGCAGGAAGCUCAAAUAUGUCGUCAUGAAAAAAAGAAGAAUGGCAGAGCAGCUGGCUUUGUGUUUGGAGAGAUUGUCACAGCGUAGUCAACGCGCACCCCCCGCGGCGCCGUCCUCUUUCACCUUUUGCUGGGGGGCUGCGAACGGCACCGACGGCCCGAGUCUGCGUCACCAUAGGCUGGAUGCCGUCGUCAGCCUGAAACAGGAAGUCCUGACCCCCGUCAACACGGCGUACCGGCACCUGCCGCUCGCAUCUUGCCACCCCCGGGCUUGUGGCGCUAGUUGCACUUGGACGGCGGUGGAGGCCACACUGUCGCGGUCUUUCCUGUGGCUCCUGCAGCUCUUCUGCUUCCUGUUGCAAGUCAGCCAGGCCGACUUGCACCAGGAAGUGAUGAAAAUUGAGAGGCGGCUCCUCUCCGGCAAAACAAAACAAACAACAGAAACAAACAGGGGCGCGUCGUGACGGAAAGAAGACAAAAGGUUUGCUUUUCCAUCGGACUCCUCUACCGCCGCCUUGUGGCCAGAUGAAACACAAACAUUCGAGACAAACGGUGGAAAUCCACAAAACAAAGCACACAUUUUUGUAUGUUCAGCCAAACAAAAUAAGUUUCCAAUGGGUUAUAGAAUGAUUCAUAAAGUGACUAUUUUAUCUUUA